UCUAAGCUCCGCCCCGAUCUUAGCUCCGCCCCCUCCACGAAGUCUCGCGAGACUCGGCGGCGGCAGAGGGGAGAUGUGCGGGGGCUGCGUGGGCACAGAGUACCCGGAGAGGGGCACCACCUGCCUGGAGGGCGGCUCCUUCCUCCUCAACUUCGUGGGGUGCGCCCAGUGCGGCCGCCGGGACUUCGUGCUGCUGAGCAACCGCGCGGCGGGGCUGCAGGACGGCGAGGAGAUCGUCACCUACGACCGUGCGGGGCGGGCACCGGCGGGGGGGGGCGGCUUGGGAUUCAAGGACCUGUGCAAGAACUGCCACCACCUGAUCGCACGCCAUGAGUACACCUUCAGCGUGGUGGAUGACUACCAGGAGUACACCAUGCUGUGCCUGCUCUGUGGCCGCGCCGAGGACUCCAUCAGCGUCCUUCCUGAUGACCCGCGCCAGAUGACCCCGCUCUUCUGAACUCACCUGGAUGUGGCGAAUGCCAGACGCCAGAUGCUCCGUGGCUGCUGCCCCAUGGCUCUGGCCGCAGGGGUGGAGUGAAGCACUGCACCCCCAGUCCCCCUCAAGCUGCAGAUGUGAAGGGGACCCAGCAUUUUGGCGUUCCCAAACGGGAUCCAGAAGGACACCCGUCCCAUCUUGCCUCAGGAGUGUGUGUGGACAAUAAAUGUGACAUGU